ACUGUGACAGAGUGUAUAUAGUCACCCUCGACCCCCCGACUGAAUGUGACUUCUCAACACACAAUCUCCGGUCAUAGAUCUGUCUUGGGACUGGAAGAUCGUCCAUCACAGACCUGGCGGUGGUGUAGCUGAUACUCUUCGGUCUGCUCCAACUACUACUUGGCGGCACGAGACUACAGCCAUGAGUUACGCCCACGACGAGGAGAGCGGCCCCGGCCGUACAGGCCGUCACAUGAGUGUCUCCCAGUAUGCAGCCAACAUGGGGGCUCCUACCUACGACACCACCCGACGAAGGUCGUCCAUCGUCCCUGCCGCAGUAAUUGGCGCAACCCAAGGCGAUACUGUCUUCAACCAGAAGGAUGACACCCUUCGCAAGAUGUCCGUGGCUGUGCCCAAUUUGGCCGAGCUGACUGCCGAUGCUCAAACCGCUGCCAAUCUCGAACGCCAUAUGGGCUUCGUGGAAGGGUGCAGACUAUAUCCCAAGGCGAUCAUGUUCUCCUUCUGUCUCUCACUUGCGGUCAUCAUGGAGGGAUACGACACAUACCUGCUUGGAAACUUUUUCGGUAAUCCGGCUUUCCAGAAGAAAUACGGUACCUUUGCCGGCGUCGUGGACGGCGCCAGAACAUAUCAGGUCACAGCUACCUGGCAAUCUGCUCUGUCGAACGGCACUGCGGCCGCCCAGAUCAUUGGACUCUUCAUCAACGGUAUCGUGUCCGAAAGGAUCGGUUAUCGCUGGACCAUGAUCGGUGCGUUGAUGUUCAUCGCUUGUUGUAUCUUCAUUACCUUUUUCGCCGUCAAUGUGAGGAUGUUGCUGGCCGGGUACAUCCUCUCUGGCUUGCCUUGGGGCGUGUUUCAGACUUUGACCACGACGUACGCUGCCGAGGUGUGUCCUGUACCUCUCCGACCAUACCUAACCACCUAUGUCAAUCUAUGCUGGGUCAUUGGUCAGUUACUUGCUGCUGGAAUUCUGAAGGGAUUCGUCAACACCGACACCGAAUGGGCAUACCGAGUACCCUAUUCAAUUCAAUGGAUCUGGCCCUUUCCAAUCGCCUUGACCGCAUUCUUUGCUCCCGAGUCACCGUGGUGGUUGGUCCGUCACGGUAAACUCGACGAAGCUCGUGCCGCCCUGACCAAGCUCACUUCCAAAAGGAACACCGAAUCCAACGUCGAAGACACCCUCGCCAUGAUAAUCCACACCAAUGAGCUCGAGAUCCAACAGACCUCAGGUACCACCUAUCUCGACUGCUUCAAAGGCGUCGACCUUCGCCGAACGGAGGUAACCUGCAUUACCUGGCUCAUUCAACAAACAUCUGGCUCUCCGAUGAUUGGCUGGGGUACUUACUUCAUGGAACAAGCUGGUCUCACUGCAGCCAAUGCCUACUCGCUUGGUGUUGGUCAAAGUGCUAUGGGCUUCUGCGGUACCGUCCUUUCUUGGUUUCUGAUGCCUCAUUUCGGUCGUCGCACCCUCUACAUUUGGGGUCAAGUAGUCAUGUUCAUCAUCCUCAUGGCCCUUGGCGGACUUGGUGUCCCAGCCUUGUCGACUUCUAUCGGCUGGGCAUCUGGCGCAUUGAUCUUGAUCCUGACCUUUGUCUACGACUUCACUGUCGGUCCGGUCUGCUAUUCCCUUGUGGCUGAAAUUCCAUCCACCCGUCUCCGUAUCAAGACGGUUGUCUUAUCUCGAAACGUGUACAACCUCAUGGGUAUCGUUAUUGGUACCCUUCAACCGCGCAUGAUGAAUCCUACUGCCUGGGGCUGGCGUGGAAAGACCUGCUUCUUUUGGGGAGGCCUCAACUUGCUUGGACUUAUUUGGACUUAUUUCCGUCUUCCAGAGCCAAAGGGUCUCACAUACGCCGAUCUUGAUGUUCUCUUUGAGAAUCACGUCUCCGCUCGCAAAUUUAGGGAUGUCAAGGUUGAUCCUUUCCGUUCGGAUAAUCUUGUUAUCGUCCCUGAUGAGGACAACGGCUUUGAUGUCGCUGAGAAGAAGGGUUACUAAUGGACCAUUUCCUUCCAACAAUAUGUUCAUGGUGUCUUA